AUGGCAAUGGAUGAUGAUCUGGGCAAGAACCCCGGAAAUGUCAGCGAAACAAUGGAGGAGCAGCACGAUGAGAACAAGGAGGAAGAGCAUGGAUGCUUCGAAUUUUGUCGAAAAUCCACUUGGAGGGAACGAGGCCUGCUCCUCUAUGGUGGCCUCGUCGCCCUAUUCGGAUUCGCCUCCUUCUCCAUCAUAGUUCCGUUUUUCCCCGCUACUGUUAAUCCAAGUGCUACUCCGAUAGGCGGAGAGGAAGGGCGUCAGCAGCACAACGACUGGUCUGAUCGUCGGGGUUUUUUCUCUGGUCGCAUUCCUCUUGGGACCGAUCGUCGGGGAAUACGCAUGCUAGCUAAAUUGAGACUAACAUGGGAAAACAGGGAAAUUCAGGUUGAGAACAAUUAA